AUGGACAACCUUAAGCUAAACCCCUUACAGAUCCCAGAAAUCCUCUUACUCAUUGCCGAGCUGCUCAACAAAAGGGACCUUCUGAACUGUAUCCGCGUCUCCAAGGCUUUUCAUAAAACUCUUAUCAGCCUCAUAUGGAAGAAAAUCACUGUCGGACAGGUAGGAGAACCAGGCAGCAAAGCAAUACAGAAGCAUAACGAAUACAUCGAAGAAAUUACAUUUGACGGCUACGGGUUUAAUGACUCAUUCCCAGAGAAGUAUGAGUCGCUACAGAGGCUUCAGUCCAUCACAUACAAAGGGUGGUGUUCAUGGCCCAAACCGAUCCACGCCAUCAAUCAGAUCAAGGCCCACAGCUCCAUCAUCACUAGCCUUUGCUUGAACGAAUGUAUUAAGUUUUCGUGUUCGUCAGAGCUCUGGGAGGCUUUAUUGGAAUGCAUCAAUCUCAGGCACUUGGAGGUUUAUGACAAAGCUAUUGAUGUUGGAGCCGACCUAUUCCUUCAAGUAUGCAAGAGACUUGAUCACUUGAAAUUGUACGAAGUAUCCAUCCAGCUACCUAUCAACUUCUUUAGUAAUGAGGACAGCGAGUAUAUUUUCCCAAACAUACGCACACUGCGUAUUUCGCAUGUCCGAAUAACCAACCCUCCGCAUCCGUACAGCAAGUGGUAUUGCCUCGGGAUGUUAGUAAGGAAUUGUCGAGCAUUGCGUUCAUUGCACAUUGAGAGCUGGGACGAAAAAGAUCAGUCAGACUACAGGGCAUUCCUUCAGCACCCUUGGGCUCUGAAUAACUUGUCAGAUCUAUGGUUCCGUGGGAUGAUAAUAGAAGACAAGGAUAUGGCGGCAAUUCUCAGACGGAUGACAGGAUUAAGGCAGUUAGGCCUCCCUUAUGCUAUAUUCGAUCAGCUCUCUUUGCAAGAGUUGCUAGCUGACAAGCAAGAAGUGAUGGAUAAUGGACAGCUAGUACGAAAGACAAGGCUUCUGAGGCUCUGUGAGACAGUUGAGACGUUAGUGUUCCAUGCAGUGAGCGGAGAGAACAGCAGUAUUAUUCAGGCUAUUUUAUCAAAUUGUCCACGAUUGAAAACACUAGAAGGAUCUAAAACUACAGUAUCAGAGAUUGUCGAUGGAGCAGAAUGGGUUUGUGCUGGAUUGACUCACUUGGAUAUUUAUCUUGAGGCAGACAUUGAUCAAGAAACUGAAGAAGGCAUGGCAAAGGCACGCAUUGCGUUUAAGCAGCUUGGCAAGCUGACUCAGCUAGAAUAUCUUAGCCUAACACGGUGCUUUCUGAAUCCUCCUAGUAGGACACUGGACAUGAGAUUAAGAGCAGGUCUGGAUGAACUAGCCAAUCUGAAGAGACUACAUACACUAAGUUUCCUAAAUGUUGACCAGCAGCGGAUGCAACUUGAGGAUACGACAUGGAUGCCUGGUAUGGAGAACAAGCGCCAUAGCCAUAAGGCUUCGAAGGCCUACCACUGA